AUGGGGGUGGACUAUUACAACAUACUGAAAGUGAAUCGGAACGCGACGGACGAUGACCUGAAGAAGGCGUACAAGCGGCUGGCGAUGAUUUGGCACCCGGACAAGAACCCGGCUGGGAAGCGACCCGAGGCCGAGGCCAAGUUCAAGCAAAUCUCCGAGGCCUAUGACGUCCUCAGCGACCCGGCCAAGCGCCAGAUCUACGACCUCUACGGCGAGGAGGCUUUGAAAUCGGGCCAAUUCCCCCCGCCCUCUUCUUCCUCCUCGUCUCGCUCCGGCGCUGGGCCCCACUACUACACCAGCCACGUGCACCACCACCAGCGCCACCCAAACGCCUCCACCUUCAGGUUCAAUCCCAGGGACGCUGAGGAUAUUUAUGCCGAGAUUUUUGGAUCGGACGGCGGCGGCGGUGGUGUUGGUGGUGGUGGCGGGAGGGGGUAUAGGGAUGGAUUCUUUAGGACGUCCAAUGGUGGGCCAGAGUUUGCGGGACCCAGUGGUAGUGGGCCUGGGCCUGGGCUUGGGAGGAAGGCCAAUGCGGUUGAGAAUUUGUUGCCUUGCAGCUUGGAGGAGCUCUAUAAGGGGGUCAAGAAGAAGAUGAAGAUUUCCAGAAACAUCUACGAUGCUGUUGGUGCUGGUAAGGUUCGGACUGUGGAGGAGAUAUUGACCAUCGAGAUCAGACCUGGUUGGAAGAAGGGCACAAAGAUCACCUUCCCGGAGAAGGGUAACCAGGAGCCUAAUGUCAUUCCGGCAGAUCUCAUUUUUGUGGUAGACGAGAAACCACAUGCACUUUAUAAGAGGGAUGGUAAUGAUCUGGUGGUCAAUCAGGAGAUAACACUGUUGGAGGCACUUACUGGCAAGACUCUUGACCUAACCACCCUAGACGGAAGGAAUCUCACGAUCCCGUUAACUGAUAUCAUCAAACCUGGAGCCGAGAUGGUAGUACCAAAUGAGGGGAUGCCAAUCUCAAAAGAACCUGGGAAAAAGGGAAACUUGAGAAUCAAGUUUGAUGUCAAGUAUCCUUCACGACUCACCACAGAACAGAAGUCUGAUCUGAAAAGAGUUCUGGGAGGAGUUUCAUUAUGA